AAAUGGUGAAAAUCAGCCAUUAUUUUAACAAAGGAUUUUCGCGCGGAUACAAAUGGCGUCUUUUUAGCGCAACGUGAUCUUGGUUUGACGUGAAUUUGUUGUGACAUAAAGUGACCAGUAUAAAUAACUUUCACAAUAUGACCAAUACAAAUGGGUUUUCAGAUUCACAGGAAUCUGCUCUGCUUGGAGAAGAAGAAUAUAAGGAGCUCGAAAAAGAGCUAGAUUUUAUGCCGUCAAUCUGGUCACAGAGCAUUAUAGAAGCUAAAGUGGAAGAAAAAUAUGAUGAAAUUAACACAGAACAAUAUUUAGAAGAAGAAAAACAAAUUGUGGAUGAAGAUGAGCAAUACUUUCAAGAACCUAAUAGUUCUAUACCCGUGAAAGAAGAAUUUGCUGGGCAUCAUAAUUUUCAAGUGUCAUUAGCUAAUCAAGAUUCAAGUAAACAUUGGGUUUACUCUCCAGCAUUAAAGAAAGUUUUCAUCAAGAUGGAUGAAACAUUACCAUUACGUUUUAAAUGGGAACCACCAAUUGAUGGUCUUUAUUUACGUACUACAAUGGUAUUUUCCUUGGAUCAAUAUGCAGGUGAUCCAGUCAGAAGGUGUCAUAAUCACAUGGCACCAAACAAUGCAAGUAAUCGAGAUAUAGAUCCUAGAGUAAUUAAACAUGUUGUCCGUUGUACAGACCACAUGAGCUUGUAUGAAGAGAGAAAUGAACAUUUAUCUAUAUUGACACCACUUCGCACUCCUCAACCUGGUUCACAGUAUGUACCAGUGUGUUUUAAAUUCUUAUGUAAAAAUAGCUGCCCAUCUGGUAUGAACAGAAGACCUACUGAAUUAAUUUUCACUUUGGAAGAUCACAAAAGGAGAGUAUUAGGUCGGCAAAGGCUUACAGUUAGAGUUUGUAGUUGCCCAAAAAGAGAUAAAACAAAAGAAGAAUCUGAGAUAGAUCCACAACCUGAUUUUAAAAAAAGAAAGCUUUGUAUGUCAGUUGGAAAAAAGAUGAUGCCUUCAUGUGAUACACAUGUAUACAAUAUUCAGUUAAAUAUAAUUGGAAAGGAGAAUUAUUUGGCAGUGUUGAAGUAUGCAUAUGAUAUUAUGGCAGGACAAGCUGCUCGGACUGGGCAGUUUGAAUUUUUCAAACCAUACAUGGAUGAUAUAUUGCGUAAAACUCCAUGAUGAAUAUUUGUAUACAUUUCGUUUUUUAUAAAAUCUUGUGCCUUAAACAAGGAAAUACUUUA